UAAUGGUCAGUCUUUUCUUCCUCGUUCAAUUCCACUCUUUUUACCUGUGGCAUAUUCAAAUGAGGACAGACAAAAACACACACACGGACAGACAAAACACGAGUGUUUUCUGUUCGUAUCCGUUCGUGCUUGUCUGCUGUUUUGUUUGUCCGUGUUUGUCUGUCCGAGUCUGUCCGUGUUUUGUCUGUCCGAGUCCGUCCGUGUUUGUCUGUCCGAGUCUGUCCGUGUUUUGUCUGUCCGAGUCCGUCCGUGUUUGUCUGUCCGAGUCUGUCCGUGUUUUGUCUGUCCGAGUCCGUCCGUGUUUUGUCUGUCCUCUCCUUUCAAUUAAUUCUUUUCUCUAUCAUUUCUUUUGAUUAUGCCACAGGCAAAUAUGAUGGAAUUGAACAAGGAGGAAAAUGCUGACCAUUCUGUCAUAUCAAUGAAGGAAAAAAGUAAUGGAGAAAAGUAAUGAAAAAAACGAUUAC